AUGUCGAAUGAUGCCAGGAAUGCCACGAAAUCCAUUUUAAUGCAUGAUCUGGACAUGGUACAUGUAGCAGUUGUACCAACUCCACCUGCUGCCAAAGAACCCGUCAAGUGUAAUCUGGAAGAGAUUCUCAAGCCACCUGCGGAACGAAAGGCUGUGAAAGAACUCCGAGAAAAUCAGAAAAUGGGUCAUUUUACACGUCAGAUGAUCUACAAGCGAACGGAAAAGGAGUGGAAAAGUAUCCCGAAGAGUUAUCCUAUCGCACCACCUCGGCCAUAA